AUGACCGCGCAACACGAUCCUUCAUUAUCAUCACUACCCAGAACCCUCCCCACCGAUCUCCAAGACAAGAUGAGCCAAUACGGGCAAUACAACCUCGACAACGCCAAAUUCUGCCUCUACGCGCUCACAAACAAUCUUCUCACGGAGAACGAUCUGGGAAGCAUCUGCGCCAGCAUCAAAACCAUCUACGCGCACAACGUCCUCGCGAUGCCAGAGGAGGAAAUCCCAGACUUCAUCUCCCCCGCUCCAGACUGGUCUUCUCUAACCGAGAAAUUUCUCAACCUGGGCGACAUACUGUCAUAUCACGUGCGCGACCUCGACAAGGGCUGGAAACCCUCUGCGGGGAACAAUGCCGGAGAGUUGGAGUGGUAUCCCUUCGAUUUUGUCGUGGUCACGGGCGAAAAAAAGGAUAGCUGGAAGUCUGAUGGGCUGGUUGUUGUCCAUUGCGAACCGGAGGACGACGGUCCUGAGGGUUCUUCAUGGACGGUGGAUUCCUGUCGGAUGCGCGUGGAGAAUCUGGGGAUGGCGCUUGAGGGCCUUCUUUGGGAUCUAAAAUACGAAGACGAGAAGAACAAAAAUUGUCAAGACCAGACGCUAAAAGGCCCAUCCGUUACAAGCGCUGUGUAA